ACUACGUAAAGUCUACAAUAAAUACACAAAACGAAAAAUAAUUAAUUCCAACACUAAAAAACGGCAUGUUGCACGUAUGUGUUGCAAGCCGUGUUGCACGUACGCUUAAGUAACGCACAUUAAAAUMUAAACAAUGCAAAUUGUAGCCACCAAGCGCACAUUAAUUAUUAAUUAACAUUGACUCUACAGCGCCUUGUGGCACGUGUCGCGUUAUGUGUGCAACUAAAAGUGUAUAGUAAAUGUUAAAAACGCACAACAAUGCGCAAAACAACAACUAAAACUGUAACUGCAAGCAUUUGAAGCCAUAAAUAAAACGCGUUUGAGCGCUUGAACUACAUUUGACACACACCAACAACACCACCACUUGCAACAUCCUAUUUAAUAUUUAAUUGCACAGCACUUUUUAAUUAAAUUCUUACACAAUGGCCAACUAYUAUUUACACAAACAACAAAGUACACAAAAAUUCUACCAACAUGCCACACUAGUCAUCACCGUGCUGUUAACGCUCAUAGCUGGCGGCAAUAUGCAACAGCAGCAGCAGUUGAUGCAACAAGCGCCCAGCUUGCAGCAGCAGCAUCAGCAACAACAUCAACAGCAGCAGCUGCAUGCAAGCAAUAGCAAAGCGCAGUCACAGCAAGCGCAGCAGCAUCAGCAACACUCCAACGCCAUUAUGGGCGAGGCGGGCGUGACCAAUUCACAGUUGCCACAACCGCCUACGGCGACACAUUAUGGCGGCGCCAACCUGCAGCCGGGCUUGGCGGGCGGCAUGCUUGCCGGCACCGCAGCGCAGGAUCCACGCUAUGAUGCGCCCGAUGAUUGCCAUUUUUUGCCCGCAGCCGGGCCGGAUCAUCCAGAGAUCGCACUCACCUGCAAUCUGCGUACGGUCAAUAGCGAAUUCGAUACAACCAAUUUCAGUGUGAUACCCGCCGAGCAUACGGUGGCGUUGCAUGUCUUGUGCAACGAUGAAAUUAUGGCGAAGAGCUCGCUGGAGGCGCGCUCCUUUGCGCACUUAGUGCGUCUGCAAGAGCUCUCCAUUCAAUACUGCAAGUUAGCCAAGUUCAAUCGGCAUGUGCUGGAAGGUUUGGCACAGUUACGCAAUCUGACAGUGCGCACCAAUAAUAUACUAUGGCCUACGAUCAAUUUCGACAUUGAAGCCGAUGCCUUCGCUGUGGCCAAGAACUUGGAACGUUUGGAUUUGUCAUCGAAUAAUAUUUGGUCCUUGCCGGAUAAUAUCUUUUGUACACUGAGCGGUUUGUCAUCGCUGAAUAUGAGCGAGAAUCGUUUGCAGGACGUGAAUGAGUUGGGUUUUCGUGAACGCACUCGUGAACAAGCGGCUAAUACAGAGCACACCACCCCAGCAACACCCGAGGUGUCGACUAGGCGCCAGCAAACUGGCAGCAGCGCUAGCAACACCAGUUGCAAUUUAGAUUUGGAGAUACUAGAUGUUUCUUACAACCAUUUUGUGUUGCUACCCGCCAACGGUUUUGGCACGUUGCGUCGUUUGCGCGUGUUGCAAGUGAACAACAAUGAAAUCUCCAUGAUCGCGGAUAAGGCGCUGAGUGGUCUCAAGAAUCUGCAAAUAGUCAACCUCAGUUCGAAUAAAAUUGUUGCCUUGCCUUCCGAGCUCUUCACCGAGCAAGCUGGCACAAUACAGGAGGUAUACUUGCAAAACAACUCGAUCAGCGUGCUCUCACCGAAACUUUUCUCCAAUCUCGAUCAACUGCAAGCGCUCGAUCUGUCACACAAUCAGAUCACCUCAACUUGGAUUGAUCGCAGCACAUUUGUGGGUCUGAUACGUCUGGUGUUACUCAAUUUGGCGCAUAAUAAGCUCACCAAACUCGAACCGGAGAUCUUCACUGAUCUCUAUACACUACARAUCUUGAACCUGCGUCACAAUCAGCUGGAGAAUGUUGCCGCCGAUACAUUUGCGCCCAUGAACAAUCUACACACACUGCUGCUCUCACAUAAUCGUCUCAAAUAUUUGGACGCUUAUGCGCUCAAUGGGCUCUAUGUGUUGUCACUGCUCUCGCUGGACAAUAAUGCUUUGAUUGGCGUGCAUCCGGAAGCCUUCCGCAAUUGUAGCUCACUACAAGAUCUCAAUUUGAACGGCAAUCAGUUGAAGACAGUACCGUUGGCAUUGAGAAAUAUGCGUUUGCUACGCACGGUGGACCUUGGUGAGAAUAUGAUUACUGUGCUGGAGGAUAACGCCUUCAAGGGUUUGGGUAAUCUUUAUGGUCUCCGCUUGAUUGGUAACUUUUUGGAGAAUAUAACAAUGAAUGCUUUCAAGGAUCUGCCGAGCUUGCAGAUACUCAACCUCGCACGUAAUCGCAUUGGCGUUGUGGAGCCUGGCGCCUUUGAGAUGACCUCGAGCAUACAGGCGAUACGUUUGGAUGGUAACGACYUAAGCGAGAUCAACGGUUUGUUCAGCAAUAUGCCUUCCUUACUCUGGCUGAAUAUCUCCGAUAACCGUUUGGAGCACUUUGACUAUGCGCACGUGCCCAACACGCUGCAGUGGUUGGAUCUGCAUAAGAAUCGUUUGGGCGAGCUCUCCAAUCGCUUCAGCCUGGACACGCAAAUACGUCUGCAAACUUUGGAUGCGAGCUUCAAUCAAAUACAACGCAUUUCGCCCUCCUCUAUACCGAACUCUAUCGAACUGCUUUUCCUCAACGACAACCUCAUACACAUCGUCGAUCCGGACACUUUCAUGCAUAAGUCCAAUCUGACGCGCGUUGACCUUUACGCCAACCAGAUCAGCACGCUGGACAUCAAAUCGUUACGCAUACUGCCCGUACAUGAGCUGCGUUCACUGCCUGAGUUCUACAUUGGCGGCAAUCCCUUUACCUGCGACUGCAACAUCGAUUGGCUGCAGAAAAUUAAUCACAUUAAGUCGCGACAGUAUCCACGUAUUAUGGACUUGGAGACCAUCUAUUGCAAACUGCUGAAUAAUCGUGAACGCGCCUACAUACCACUCAUCGAUGCGGAGCCCAAGCAUUUCCUAUGCACUUACAAGACACAUUGCUUCGCCGUCUGCCAUUGCUGUGAGUUCGACGCUUGCGACUGCGAGAUGACCUGCCCGACGAAUUGUACUUGCUUCCACGACCAAACGUGGUCCACGAAUAUUGUGGAAUGCUCAGGCGCUGCCUACACGCAAAUGCCACGCAAGGUGCCCAUGGACACCACUGAGUUGUACAUCGAUGGCAACAACUUUGCUGAGCUGCCAGGACACACCUUCCUGGGCCGCAAAAACCUUGCUGUGCUCUUCGUUAAUAACUCGAAUGUACAGUCGCUGCAUAAUACAACCUUCAGCGGUCUCCGUAGGCUGUUGGUGCUGCAUAUUGAGGACAAUCACAUCGCCGAGGUGCGUGGCGAUGAGUUCAGCAAUCUGGAGAACCUGCGCGAACUCUAUCUACAGAACAACCGCAUAGCCAGCGUCGGCAAUGGCAGUUUCCAGGCUUUGCGUAAGUUGGAAGUGCUGCGUUUGGACGGCAAUCGGCUUGUGCACUUCGAGGUUUGGCAGCUGGCACUCAACCCAUACUUAGUAGAGAUUGGGCUCGCAGACAAUCAGUGGAGUUGCGAGUGUAGCUACUUGAUGCGCUUCCGCACCUACCUCGCACAGACGGCCGAGAAGAUUGUCGAUGCGGCACGCGUCUCCUGUGUCUACAACAAUGCCACCAGCGUGCUGCGCGAAAAAAACGGCACGAAGUGCACGCUACGCGGCGAUGAGGUCACCACAUAUGCACACGCCAGCGAAAUCGAACAUCUACUGCCGCUGCUCUUAAUCGCCACAUGCGCCUUUGUCGGCUUCUUCGUGCUCAUCUUGGGCAUCUUCUGCUACCGCCACGAGCUCAAACUGUGGGCACAUACAAACUGUCUGCUCAACAUGUGUUAUGCAGGCCGCAAUGCGCACGGUUUCGUCGAGUCGCUGGACAAGGAUCGUCUGUGUGACGCAUACUUUGCCUACAGCUUACAGGAUGAGCACUUCGUUAAUCAAAUAUUGGCACAGACGCUGGAACAYGACAUCGGCUAUCGCUUGUGUUUGCAUUAUCGUGAUGUGAAUAUCAAUGCGUACGUAACGGAUGCCAUCAUCGAGGCGGCAGAGAGCGCCAAGCAGUUUGUGGUCGUGUUAUCGAAGAAUUUCCUCUACAACGAAUGGACACGUUUCGAAUAUAAAUCAGCAUUGCAUGAGAUGGUGAAGCGUCGCAAACGUCUGGUCUUCAUACUCUACGGCGAUUUGCCGCAACGCGACAUCGACAUGGAUAUGCGCCAUUACUUGCGUACGAGCACCUGUCUGGAGUGGGAUGAUAAAAAAUUCUGGCAGAAGCUACGCAUCGCAYUGCCGCACAUACGCAAGCGACCAAUCACCGCCAAUUGUCUGGCCACGCGCUCGGCCGUGAACAUUUACGCUUCAGCGCACGAAUACCAGCCCGCAGGCGGCAACAGCACUGUUGGUGGUGGCGUUGGUCUGCCAAAUGGACACCUCAGCGGUGCGAGCAUCGGCGUUGAUAAGGCGCACUACUCGGACUGCAACAACUAUGCGACCAUCAAUGAUUGUGGCGUUGGCGCGCGCGGCUAUGCGCCCAUACCUACCGCCACUGCUGCCUGUAAGUUCAACACACUCAAUGAGCUCUCGCACAAAAUGCAUAAAAAUGAUUUGCUGAAUAACAUCGGCGGCGCCGGCAGCGGUAUGUGUGGCAUUGGGCUCGGCGGUGGMGCCAAAACGCUCGAUCAUCAUCACCACCUCCGUGCGCAUCAGCAGCACGAGUACGCGGUGCCCGCUUAUUUGGGCACGCUGAGCAACGGCCAUGUGGGCGGCGGCGGUGGCAACGCGCCCACCUACGACAGCGUCGACUACGCCAAGCAGAAGCUGAGUGCCGGCAACAAUUGCGACAACUGCGCUGUGGGCACACAGAAACGCGUCACCAAAGGUGGCCUACACCCCAGCUUCUCAUCCAAUUUCACAGCGCCGCCUAACGGYACACUCACUGGCGCUUGCUACAACAGCUAUAACUGCAAGAAACCAUGCAAUUGUGGCGCGCGCAAGCACGCGUCUGCCGCCAGUGAUGACGGCAUCAGCUGUCGCUGUGGCACAGCGAGCAGCGGCGCAGCAAAGGAACYAUCCACAGYAGCGSCGCCGCCGACGCCGGCACUGGCUGCGUCUGCGACCACAUGCAGCAGCAAUAGYAGCAACAACAGCGAACGCAGCAGCAGCGUCACCAACAGCAGCAAUAAUAGCACCAGCUCAGCGGGUAGCGGCAAUCGUCAACCAACCGAGCAGCUGGCACACUACGAAUCCAGUUUAUCGCUGAACGAGAGCGCGGCACUGAAUGGACCAUUGUGGGCGUAACAACAACUGGAUUUGGGUGGCGGCAUUGCGGGCGGUAAAACGCGCAUGGCGGUCUGCUUAAAUGUGUAAGCGCGCCCCGAACCAAUUGUCUAGCAAACGCAAAGAAAAUUUCUAUGUAUUUUUAAGUGUGUAUGCGUGCGUGUGUAUAUGUGUCAGCGAGUGCUUAAAAGUGUGCGCGUGUGUGUAUUAGUGUAAAAAAURUAGAGCGCGUCAAGGCGCCAGAGACAGACUGUGCAACCAGUGAAUUUAAUUAAACGCCUGCAAGCGCACACAUAUACAAAUGUGUGUGUGUGUAUGUGCGCAUAYGCGUAUGCAGGCAGUCAGGCAACUAGUAGUUCUUGUAUGUGGGCAGUGAAUGUGAAUUGUUGAGGACACUUGCUGUGGCAUGCUUAGGCAGUGGCAUGUGCUGAAGCGACUCGCACAAAUAUGAGACUUUGUAAAAAGUAGCAUACCAAAAGCAAAACUAGCGAACUUAAAGCAAACAGAAAAAACAACAAAACAAACARACUACGUAAAACCGCUAACUAGUUCUAGUUACUUAAAUUAUAAUUAUUGAAUUAAACUUAAAUUAUUACUUAACAUCUAAGCACUUAGCAAAGCGAGGCAGGCAAACUGAACAAAAUAAGAUAAAAUAAAACAAAUGAUUUUCACUAGCAUUAGUAUUUACCAUAUAGCGGUUAAUAAGUGUGCUUGUAUGUGUGCGUGCGUGUUUAUUGUAUAUGCGUGUAAAUAUAUAUCUAAAGAUAUUUGAUUUCUUUUUGGACUUCAAAAUAGCAAAACGAUAAAGUUUGAAAAUUUAAAUAUAAAARAAUUAAAAUUGUUAAAUAGACUGAUAAAAUUAGUUAUUACGUUUAAGUUUCUUAUAAAUAAUAAUUAUUAACAAACAAAAUGAAAAA